AUGGCCCCUGCAACACAGGAAAACGCCACAGCGAAUGGUGGUAGAAAAAGACGAAGCAAUGGUUUGCUUCAAUGGAAGAUUGUCAUGUUCUCGGCAUUGGUCAACGUCACUUAUCAAGCGUGGUAUCUUGUUGGAAGCGUGUCCCUCCCUGUGGACAUGGACAUGGACGAGUCACAACCUCUUCCAUCAGAGCAUUACACGGACAAAAAUUGGAAUCAAAUUGAGAACAUUCAAAGGACCAGCACCCAAGACAACGUAGAAGACACGAAAGCAGUAUUUGAUAACCAGGAACCGACAAAGUUGGAUGUCGAUCCAUCUGGGCUCUUUCCGUUUGAAAUGCCUCGAGAAUCUUCUACUCCAAUCUUCUACCACAUUGACAUGCCAUCCAACGAGGACGACGACGGUGCCCAUUCGAAACGCAUCGUGUUGAAGCAGUUGGAUCAAAUCCAAAGAGCCAGUACGCGACAACAAAUCAAACACCAGCAAACCUUGAGCAUCUACUUUACAACAAUCGGAAGCGUAACGGACUACUUGAAUGCCGACCUCAUCAUUCAAUGGUGCCACGAACGAAGCCUUGUCUGCCACCACAUGGAACGUCAUUCCGUCACACAGGACGUUACGCUACAACGUGUCCACGACUAUUGUAGGGCAGUCAACAGUGGCAAGACGAGCUUCAGCAAAAAGGGCGGUCCUACUACGAAUGCAGCUCGGAUCAUGGCGCGAAUGAAGGAGCAGUGGAGUGAGACUAAGCGUCGUCGUGUUGUUUACAUGUCCAACAAAGGCCACGAUGAUCACGAUUCUUUGUUCCAUGAAAAAUGGAGACACACCAUGACGGACGCAGUCACCAGUGAUCACUGCUUGCAUCCCGACUUGUACGGUGCGUCAGAUUGCAAUCUUUGUGGCAUGUUCUUUGUGGCGGAACAUGGAUUCUCGGGGAUGGUCGGGAACUUUUGGACGACCUCUUGCGAUUACAUUGCCGAGUUGUUGCCAGUAAGAGACUUUGCCAGCAAUCAUCGAUCUUUUGAACAGCACACGUACCAACCUGAUAUUGGUCGAAUGGCAGCAAACGAGUUUUGGGCGGGCUCUCAUCCCGACGUCAAACCCUGUGACUUUUCGAACUGUCUCUCGAAGAAAGAACGCAAACACAACAAGUCGACCGAAGCCAUUAUGAUGUGGAUUCGUGAGAAUUCCUCCUCGGGUAGCAGAAAGUUGGUCGAUUCACGGAUAUAUUGGUGGGUGCCACGAGCUGCGGUUUGA